AAGUUAGGUUGACCCAUCACAUUCCUCAAAGACCCCUCCUUUACGUUUAUAACAUAGAUAUGUUAAUUGACAAAUUUAGAUAAUUGCAUCAAGUGAAUAAUUAGUUAGGACUCAGAAUCCGUGGGUGGCAAUGAUCAAUGGGUCUAAAACAAUUAUAUUUGUAUUGUGAAUAAUGGCACCUUGAGUGGUGGCUGCCAGCUCCAAUCCACCUUCCUACCGUCUGGACCCAUUCCCUCUCCUUCGAUCGAGAGAGAGAGAGAGAGAGAGAGAGAGGAUGAUUGGUGACUUGUUGCAGAAGUUCGUUUUCCCGUCGUCUGAUCUAUUCACAGCAAUUCUUUCUCCGAUGGUGUUUCUAUUCUUAGCCUACUUGGGUUUCUCUGAGACCAGAGGCAGACACCUUCAGUACUCCAAGUUCAGCGACGUCGGCAAUGGUUCCCGGACGUUCACCGGAGCUCGGCCGAUUAAGGUCUCCAGUUCAACCGGUAUGCUUAUGGCGUACACUCCCGCCUUCCUCGCCGGCGUCGCUUCCUUCUUCCUCUUCCCCGACGAUUACGAUCUCAGAUUCUUCCUGCUCAGAUCGGCUGUUACCCUCCAUUUCUUCAAACGGGUGUUGGAGGUCCUGUUUGUUCACAAGUAUAGUGGUGGCAUGAUCUUGGACUCCGCCAUCUUCAUCUCUCUUGCCUAUUCCUCAGGCGCUGCAUUCAUGAUUUAUGCCCAACACCUCACAAGAGGUUCCCCUGCCCUUCCCAUUGACUUGAAGUAUGUCGGGGUUGCCCUAUUUUUGGUGGGGAUUAGUGGUAACUUCUACCACCAUUAUCUUCUAUCUAAACUUCGAGACAAGGGUACAGCCAAAGGGUACAGACUGCCAAGAGGGGGCUUCUUUAACCUAGUUAUUUGCCCACACUAUUUUUUUGAGAUUUUAGGGUUUGUGGGAAUUUCAUGCAUCUCUCAAACAUCGGUUUCAUUCUCCGUAGCCAUUGGAUCAGGUCUGUACUUGAUGGGAAGGAGUUACGUGACUAGGAAAUGGUACCUUUCUAAGUUUGAAAAUUUUCCCAAGGAGGUGAGGGCCUUGAUUCCGUAUGUGUUUUAGGUAGCGAGACCUACCAGAUCAACUCUAUUGAUGCGAUGUUAAAUGUAUUCAAAACUUUAUGUGUAUUUUGGACAUAUAUGUAUAAAUCAUUAGUUCUAUAUGAUUUGUAUCUUUGUAAAAGAAACGCACUUUGGCAA